UAAAGCUGAGAGCUCACUGUGCUGAAGCAGAACACAGCAGCCAAGGCUACACUAAGAGAAGUAAUCACAGCAAGAACUACCAACUCUCCCUGAAGAUGUUGAGCCUGCAUGGAUUCCAGCCCUCCCUCACUCCUUUUGGGGACUUCUGCUGGCCCGUGCGCAGUCUCUGGCCACAGGUCCGAUCCCUGGACAUCCACAGACAUCUCAUGCUGAGGAACAUGGAGGAGAUGAGGAACAGUUUGGAACUCCUUCAGAAUCAUAUAUUCCAAGAGAGCGACCAAAUCUCUACCUCAGAGGACAAUCAUUUAAUUCAGUGUCAACUAGAGAAGAAAGGAGAUGGUUUCGCUUUGACACUGGACACCAAAGACUUUUCUCCUGAAGAGCUGUCAGUCAAGCAGGUGGGCAACAAGCUACAAGUGAGCGGCAAGUCUGAGAAGAGACAGGAAGAUGGAAAAGGCUCCUACUCGUACAGGGUCAAGGCCUUCAGGAGGGAGAUUGAUCUGCCAGAGGGGGUGAAUCCUGAGGCUGUCACCUGCUCUUUAGCUGAGGGGAAGCUUCACAUUCAAGCACCUGGACAUCAGACACCUGCCAUCUCUGAGAGGGUUGUGCCCAUCAACUGCCAGACAGCAGAAUCCACAGAACAGUCUGAGGAGAUGACAAAAGGGGACCAUGCCUCAGAUGCAGAUGGGAAGCAAGAACAAUGCUGAAAAAGAGCCAUCAGUUCCCCUUAACUCACAAAGCUGGACUUUGGGAAAAUAUGAAUAUGUUGAUGCAAUUCCUCAUAGCCAAAUAUGAUUCUUUUGUAUGAAAUUAUUUUUUAUUGUAACUUUGUGAUGGCGAUUAAAGACUAUUGUUGAUUGAAACUUAUUGACAUGAUUCAAGCUACUUUUGUUAUUUCUUUAUCAGACACUUACGGUAUAACGUUAACAUCAACCAUCUUUUACUCUGAAAUGAAGAGAAAUAUACAUAUAUGCCAUAAAAAUGAGAUCCUUCACACUACAUGUCUGGAGAUGGAAGUCAGCAAGUCUUUUUUUAAGAUUCAUAAAUCAAGACAAGAUAGAGUCAUGUCAUAAUUUUAAAGAAUGUUCUAGAAUGUUCUACCGAAUAAAAUUAGUGGGUAACACUUUAGAAUGACUAGGCCUACCUAUUCACAGCUUUCUUUACACUUUAUAAAUAAUGAAGUAAUUAUCAUUAAAAUGCUUACAAAUGUUUAUAAAUGGGCAAGAAAUGCAAUGU